AGUUCACGCAAGAAUUCAGUGAAAUAUGCAGGCUUUGCUUAAAGCAGGAGGAUGUUAUGGAAUCAAUUUUUCAAACGAUUGAUGGGGAAGAUACAGAAUUUUCACUCGCUCAAAGAAUAUCUACCAUUGCACGGGUGCAGGUGGGUGUGGCCACGUUCACUUCAUCGAGCAAACGCAUCUUAUCGCGACUAUCGUGAGCUGCACGCGUCCCGCGGGAUGCGUUUGUACCGAAAACGAGAGACUCGAAAUCAUUUUUAUUCGAUCGGAUUUACGUACAAGCAUAUGUUCACGAAGAUGAUGGAUUACCCAUGCUCAUUUGUUGCACGUGUCGUCAUCAGGUCGAGAAGUCGUACAACUUUCGCCUGCUCGUCGAAAUCUCUGAUCGCACACUACGCAGCUGUUUGGAAAGUCCUCAGGUUGAGACAUCGGAACAGAUGAUAAAGCAAGAAUUGUCUGAUCCGAAUGUAGACUCUGCAGAUGAGGAAAAUGUCGGUCUGGAGCAUUUUUUCUUAGACACCAAUUUAACUGAAUCUGAUAUAGAUCCAACAGCAAUUAAUGUUCUUCUAGUACAGUCUGAAGAUGGCACUAGAGUGUUAAAUAUAUGCAGUAUCAAUGAUUCUGAAGAUACUGACAACUUGGAAGAGACGACAUCUGUUAAAAACGAGUAUUUAAUAAGCUCGGAACAAGUCCCAAGUCCCAAGUCCCAAGUCUUGGAACAGGAUAAAGGUAGAUUGGAGCCAAAUGAUUUAGAAGAUAAUCAACGUAUACUGAGCCCUAAAGAAAUUUAUCUUCAAGAUUUAGAACCUCAGCUGCAAUCAGUUCACCCUUGCAAUAAAUGUGACAAAUUUUUUUCAACUGAUAAAGAUUUGGAUACUCAUUUCACAAUUGAACAUGUUGAGGAUAGCGAAUAUCUCAACACAUCGAGUAUUGAAAUCAGAUGCGAAUUGUGUUUUGAGGCAUUUGAGUCAUUGGAGGAUUUGAAAAAUCACAUUACUGAACAUUUCGCCAACGGCAGAAGACUUAAUAGUGUUAAAUCAGAGACAUAUAUACCUAGUGCAGGGGAAGAAGUGAGUGACGAAAUUGAAACAAUUAUUGACAAUGAUCCUGACUAUGUAUUGGGAGUACCAAAGAGCGAGGAAGCAGAAGUAAGAACACAGAAUCAUUAUGAAAACGAGAUUACAGGAUCCACUGCCGAAGAUGGAUUGAUUCAAAUCAGUAUUGAUAACAUUAGUGAACAUGGUUCUCAAACAAAUAGUCACAAGGAUGGUGAUUCAUUAGAUGUAGAAUUAGAGUUAGACUUAGAUAAUAAUACUGAAUAUCAGUCUGACAUUUUUUAUUGCGUUGGAGAGUAUUUGCCUGACCUUGUAAAGGUACGAUCUACCGGUAAUUUUCCCUGUACACAAUGUGAUAAAACGUUUACGCAAAAGCAUGAACAAACUUUACAUCUAAGGAGACAUCUCAGUGUUAAACCUUUUAAGUGUACUUCGUGUGAUGAAACUUUCAUAACAAAUGCUUUGAGAAAAGAACACGAACGAGGUCACACUGGAGAAAAAGGUUUUGUAUGUGUCAUUUGUGGUAAAAGCUUUGUUAAGAAGUCUGAAUUAAAAUAUCACGAAGGCGUACAUACUGAUACUCCGUCAACUUGUAAUAUUUGCAACAAAGAAUUUACCAAUGUCCAAUCUCUAAAGAUGCAUACUAAACGACAUAUUUUAGGUAGUAGGUACGUCUGUGAGACAUGUGGCAAAAGUUAUUAUACUAAUUCCGAACUUGCCAGGCAUGUACAGAUGCAUUCAGGCAAACGUGAAUAUCCUUGCCAUCUCUGCGAAACUUCGUUUCUUUCACGUCCAGAAUUGAAUAGACACCUACGAUAUCAUAUCGGAGAAAAAACAUUUCGAUGCAAAAUUUGCUUCAAAUCUUAUUUCGAAUCAGGUCAUUUGAAAAUACACGAACGGGUGCAUACGGGCGAAAAGCCUUACAUCUGUACUGUUUGUAAUAAGGCUUUUGUAACCAAACCGAAAUUAGUAAGGCACCAGAAAAUUCACGCGAAAGAACAAAUUACGAAAUGUGAUAUGGAUUAUCAACAACAAAUAAUGACUGAAGGUACAUGAUUGAAAAUAAUCUCAGUAUGAAUUUUGCAUGUACAAGCAUAUAAUAUUUUCUCACUUGCCAUUCAAUCAAAAGUAUGAAAUUCAAUUUAAAUCUAAGAAGAUUGAGUUAGUAUAAUCAAGGUGGCCAUACUUCGGAAAAACCUAGAAAAUCUAGAAAAGUCGUGGAAUUUUGAGAAGGAUAUAGAAUAUAAAUUGUAAUUAGAGAAAAAUAAAAAUACUAGUUUUUCUAAUUCAUGAAAAUUGAAAUCAUCCACUGAUUCCGCUGUAGGAUAUGAGGAUAAUGAAUCAUCCAAAAAUGUAACGUUUAAAGAGUUCUUCCACAAAAAUUUUGCAAAAUGAUGGAUAAUAUGUAACUUUUGUAGUAAUUUUUCACAUUUUUAUGAAGCACUGUUAGUGAAAUUUCAAGUUACAGGUGUUAGAGUUUGAUUGUGACGUCAUGAUUCAGAUUAUAAAAUUAGAAAUAAUUUUCAGAAUAAAUCUGAAUACACUUCGCAAUUAAAUUUGUAUAUUCACAUAUGAUAAAAGGUACGAUUGUUGACGCACUAUGAAUAAUUUACAUUGGUACUAAUACAUUUCUAAACAUGUUUUCACACAUAGGUUUGCCUGUCUCAAUCCCUUCGUCUUGUCAAUAACUAUAGGGAUGUGAACAACUGAACUUUUUACCCCAUUGUUAGAAAAAAUCUGGAGAAGUAGUCCAUCUUAAUUAAAGAACUGAUUGCGAGUAGAAACUAUUGGAAAACCUGGAACAAGACAGAGAUAUUUUUUCUUGGUAUUCGUGGCCACCCUCCCAAUUGUGAAAGUAUGUGUGUCAUGUAUUUAUAAUUUAAUCUCAGUAUGUCACUAAUUAUUAAACCGUGAGUCGAAUAUCAUGCAAGUUUCCAAAGAUGUUGUAUAAGCGGCAUUAAUUGCUUAAUACUCAUUGUAAGUUUCAUCUGCUGGGAGUGAGAAUUAAAUUUGAAAAAUCGAGAUUUUUUUUUUGCAUUGGAUUUUUGGAUAAAGCUGAAACUAGUAACGUUAUUAAAUUUCCAUGUUUCUAAAAAAUCGUUAUUUUACAGUUUUACGCAUGUCUGAAAAGUAGUAAACCACAAUAAAGCCAAGCAUCCUCAUAUUUUGAAAACACGACCACUUCAGUCACUACAUAAUAUUGCAAAAUAAUGAUUUUUCUCACAAUAUUUAGUUACGUUAACGUUAUUAACAUCAGUCUCAUUAAUUGAGUAUCAAUUUAUUAACCAUGCGGGUUGAUUUUUACCAAUAAAAUGUAUCCCUAAAUCGCUAUCCUCUUGAAUGAGUCGAUGUCAUAAAUAUACUUAACGUUUUGAGUUUUGUGUAUCGUCGUAGAUCGAACAAAGCACUCUAUGAAUUCCAUUUUGAUUCUUGUGUAAUUGAUUUGAUUCUGAAGAAACAUGCGAUUUAAUCAUAUGGUCGGAAGAUGCCUCCAACCAAAGAGUGAAUUAUAAAACCACGAAGUAGUGUUACUUCGUGUGUAAAAUAUUUCAAAUGCUGCAUUCAUAUUUUCACGAAAAACCGCCGCUCAUUUUAAGGUGUGGGAUAACCAAAACUUCAGUAUUUAUAGUGAUGAAAAUGAUAAUUUAGCGUCGAAAGUUGUAUUUUGUAAGACCACAUACUUGAGUUACCAACUUGAUAGUAGAAUUCUUAGGUAGAAUAUCUCUUUUGAGCUUGUGGCUGUGCAGUGUAUGUAAGUUGGCAACACUGGUUGAUAGCUGGUAAACCGUGGAUAAACCGGCGGCAUCGUUAAGAAUGUCAGGUGCGUGUACGGCCAUUAAGAGAUACUAUCAAUUGUGCAUGUCACUAGAUGUACACACGUACGAAAUAAAUACAUCUUCAAUAAAAUAUCAAAGAUUAAAGCUGAAUAACCUUUCAAACAAUACAUGGCGCAGUCGAAUAAUAAAUAAAAUGAUGGUGAAAAGUGAAGAAUAAGAAAUAUUCUGGAGUUAUAGUUUUAUAACCUAUAUAAAAAAAAAAAAAAUCGUACGAUACGCGAUAAGCAAGAUGGACUGUUUGAAGCCCCC